AUGGUCCCCCGUGUGCACCACUCCAGAAUCGGAGAAUUCGCCUACUGCCAACUAUAUCACAGCUCUCACGAUCUCGGCCUGUGGUGCUCUGACCAGAGCAAGCAGUGGCUUGCUGCAGAAGACGACACGGAAGAUCUACCUCCGUUCGUAUCCUCUAACCCGGCAUCUCCGCCGCCCAUCGGUUCCGUCGAGCACAGAAUUACUCUGCGAGACGGCACCUUGACAAACGACUCAGCAGGCGUAUCUCGAGCGACCUCACCUGCCUCUAGUGUCAAAGCUGCUGGAUCCCCCGGCCAGCGGCCGUCGCUUGGAUCCCCCGAGUCACUCCCAUCGUUGCCCAAGUAUCCUGGCGCGUGGGACUCGCAAUCUUCUGCGUCCCCUGAAAACCACAAGGCAAGCAGCGCUUAUUAUACUGCCGCCUGGGGUUCACCAUAUGCUACGCCAAGUUCACGCCGACCUUCGUGGACAUUAAGUCAUCGCCCAGGUUUGAGUCUUGCUUCUCGGGACAACUCUCCAACCAGGGGUCGUGGGUACACCUCGACACGAGGUCCCGGGUCGCUGCGUACCACCUCAACCUCGAGCCAGUUUCCGAAACGGCUCUAUAGCUCUAUUGGCCGUUCUACAACAAGAGACAUCAGCGCCCCGAUAGCAGAUCCGUCCGUUCAACAAUUUACCGAGGAUUGGAUAAAUCAGUAUCUCUCUGGUCAAACACGAACAGAGCGAACGAAUUGGUUAAGUGACGACGAAGGCAGCGAGGCACCGUCUUUCACUACUGCUCGUAAUAACUUCGGAGACGACCCAACUGAGGGCUGGUUAGGGCUUGACGACUCGCGCGACGAAGAUUUGUUGAGAACUCCUAAAGCUGCCAAUUUCGGGUCGUUGAAGUCAAGGUUCGGGUCAAUUACUGGACAGCGUGGCCGACAUCGCAACAAACACUUGUCUACGCAAAGUACAGAUACCCUCAAGCAGGAAGAUUUCUGGGCCUUCGCCUUCGGAGACGAACCACCACCCAACGCAAUGGCAGACAAUAAAGACGCUCCUGCGUCUUCAGUGGAGAAUGACACUGACGCGCCGAUCUCUCCAGUAGACAAGCCUUUACCGCCGCCUCCACUCAAUGAAGCACAGACGCAGACUACGGAUGAAACCGCAUCGGUGCCUCUUAGCCGGCCCCCCCUGGUAAGCCAGACCUCUUCGCAACGCCAGAGGAAAAAGGUAGCCUGGCGUAACAAGGCUUGUAUAAUCUCGGUCCCUCCUGAGGAUACACGAGGAUCCAAGGAGGCUGGACAUGGCCUUCUCACCAAGGGAGACGUCGAGCAACGUUUGAAAAAAUGGCGCGAUCAAGGAUACCACGUUGAUGGAUUCGAUGUCUUUGCUCCAGAGCUGGACUCUGUUUUCACCGAAAAUGGUGGCUUUAGUCGGCUACCUUACCCAGACCCAGCUGAUUUCAAACAAGAUCGGGAAUCAAAAAACUAUUCUGUCCGUUUCCCAGAUCUGAACGAGUGGAAGUCAUAUGUCAACCAUCUACAAGAAGAGAAACUACGAGCACUGGGUGUCUUGAGUAGUUUUGACGAUGAGCCCCCUUCAGCACCGUCUCCUGCGUCCAUGGCUGCAAUGAACCAUGUGGCUUCCUUUCCUGGUCACAUCAUGUCGCCGCCGAUUCCCACGUCUUCUGCUGCCAGCAAUCCAUUAUUUGGUGCACAUCCUUUCUCCCCUCAUUUCAAUCAAUCUACGAACCCAAGUACAAAUGCAGAAUCACUAGCUUCGCCGCCGCCUCAAUUCGGAGGUCAACAUCCAUUCUUUGGCGUGGAUGGUAAUCUGGUAGGGGGUCUACCAUACCCUUACCAGCCUACACCUCCCCUUGCUGGCACGCUUACUCCACAGAGCUUAUUGAACGCACGCCAGGCAAGUGCCGGUGGCAUGCCAAAUUUGAAUUCUAUCUUCUCUCCCGUUUCACCCCUCAAUGCCGAGGAAAUGUUCAGCCAAAACUCUCACGACGGCUAUAGCCGCAGGGAUUCGUUACGUGCGCCUCCCAACCAUGAUACCCUAGAUUACGAUCGACAGACUCGAGGAUCGCGCGCUGCAACACUCAUUAUGGAUGAAGCUCAGGUCAACCCUGAGCACUUCCAGUCUUCGAAUGUGGAGCUUGCUCAACCCACACCUCGUGGUCAUGAUCGUAACCUAAGUGAGACUUUGCAAAAGGGCCUGGACCGUUACUCGCAAAACGAUUACAGCUUGGAGAAAUCGAUUCAAAAGCAGUUGGAGGAACCUGAAGGUGAUUUGCAGAGAUCUCGUUGGGCCGUCGCAGAAGAGGACGUGCAACCUUCCCCUGUGCACGGACAAUUUCCUGUUCAAGACUCCUUCUCCACUGGCCAUCAUCGCUUAUUUGGUGAACAGCAGCCUCUUAAUGAACAUCAAGAUGCUGAUGAAAUUGACACUAAUCCAAGCCUCGCGGGAAGUCCUCGCGAACAAAAGAUUGACAUGAGUCAUCACCCUUGGCACAGUGCAAAGGCGAGCACUGGUUCUUUCGCGGCCGGCCAUAAAUCGAGAACCUCUAUGUCCGGUCUCAAUGUUGAAGCUAAGGAAUUCGAUCCAACAGCUUCAUUCUCCUCGAACGCUUUCACAUUCCAAGGGAAUUCUUUCGGCUCCAACGGCUUUGCAAAUGGAUCAAUAUUCUCUCCGGCAUCAUCCGUAUUCAAACCCAGUGGUUCUUUGAGCGGGUUCAAUGUGACAGCACCUGCAUUCAAUCCUUUCGAAAGCAGUGUAAACAACGAAAACACAUCAUUCGUGCCCAAUUCCUCCGAGGGAUUCACAUUCUCGGCAGCCUCUUUCAAUGCAUAUGCCCCUGCAUUUAACCCUGGGACCAGCAUAACUUCAAACACAUCAGAUGCUCCAGACCAAUUUAGGAGCAGCAUCUUCGGUGAUAUUGACUUCUCCCAGAUGUCACACCAGGGUAAACGUUCCAAGGCGGUACCAAUCAUUCGACCUGAUGAGAAUUUGGAAGAUGAUAGUAAGGAGCAAGAAAUUACGGAGCCCGGUGCACCAGGCCCGCAGCCACGUCAGAAACGUGCUCGGCGCGGCGCUGGUGAAGUCGACGAAGAUGUUGAAUUGCCAACUCCUUCACCACUGGGAGAAGCCGCGCAAGCUCAAGCAUCGCCGGCUCCUGGCCAAGCACAGAAGAUGGCUGAAGGGAAAGAAAACACUUUCCCUUCGCAGGAAGGAGUGGAUGUUCCCAUCAAACCAUCAAGCCCUGAUGCAAAACGCCCUCGCGCCGACGACGAAGUGCCAACUGUGAAGGAUACUUCAGAAAUCGUUCUCGAGAAAGAAGAGACCCAGCCCGCCAUUAUCAAGGAUGCACCCUCCGCUAUAUCAGAGCCAAUGAAUGAGCCGCAAGCUGUUGCAGAAACAUCCAAAGGACAACCCCAAGAAGCGCCUAAAGACGAACUCGGAGAAGAACCGGAGGAGCCUAAAGAAAUCAUGGAGAAUAUAAAUAAUGAGCCAGCAACUACACCAGGUGAGGCUAUUGUUGAGCCUGUUGUUGAGCCUGUUGUUGAGCCUGUUGUUGAAGCACCAAAGGCAGAAGCGCCCAAACGGGAGCAAAGGAAAUCAAUAUUCUCGGCCCUUUCACGUUCUUUCACCUUCCGGCCAUCGAUUUCUGAGUUCGUUCCUUCAACUAAACCAGCCAACGAAGCUGUUGCCAGAUCUGAGUCACCAAAGGCUGAUCCAGCCAAGGCUCAACCUGAGAAACCUAAAAGUGGUCUCUUUGCGUCUCGCUACGCCGUUCAAGAAGAGGAAACAAACGAGCCUUCCGUUGAGCUUGAACCUGAGCGCCAGCCACUCGAGUCUGUCAAGGAAGAUAUCACCCAUGAGGCUGAUCAAGAUUCUGUCGAUGAGGCUGAAUUAAAUGCGGUGAUGGAUCAACUCAAUGGCGAUGAUUCAGAUCUCGGAGUAGAGCGAGUGAAAACUCCGUUACCGGAUCAAGUUGUUUCAACUACCCCUAAAACGCUUUCUGCACAACAGCCACACCUUCCUCACAUCAUUCGCAGCGAUGCUCCCAGUCCAAGCCCGAGAAGAGACCUGGAAUUGUUGCAAAUCGUCCCGAAACUCAGUUCUGAUAUGGACGCUCAUUCUAACACUUAUUCCCAGCGAGGUUUCGCGUCUGGUACACAGUCUCCAGUCCGCCACUUGCUAAGCAUGAAUGAGCAUGUUAGCGACUGGGAUGAUGUCAUCUCGUCGGGUGAGGAUGAUAAGCUGAUUCAACAAAGCAAAUUCUUCGAUCGUCAUAUCAACGACCUUGUCGGACGGGUUCUGGAGCAGCGACUUGGUCCUCUUGAAGAGGCACUCGGUGUCAUCCAACAUUCUGUUGUGUCCAUGAACUCGAGAUCUGCCAGUAGACAGCCAUUGCGUAACAGAUCUCCAGAAAUUGAGCACAGCGACGCUGAUGAUGAGGAUGAUGAAGAAGUUCGACCCGUAACACCAGUGAACAAGCGAGACAGAAAAUUAGAGAAGAUGAAGAGCGUUAUCCUUGAAGCGCUUACUGCCCAUGGAGCAGCGAAAUCAGAGCUUUCAACAUCUGCCACUGGCCUGUCUACAAUUCAAGAAAACAUUGCUGAGCUGAAGGCUUUGGUAGAAAGACCUCAACAGUCUGAAACAGCUGAUAUUAAGGCCUUAAUAAAAGAGGCAUUCGCUAACCAAGGACAAAAGAAACUUAGUGAGGCUGAAGAAAUUGGAGCUGAGAGCUUGAAAUUACAACUUGAUGGUCUUAAGAGCAUGCUUCGGUUGGCUGAUGAGCGUACUGAACAAGAAAUCAAGGCUCGCCGUGAUGCUCAAGAGGCUUUGAUGGAAGUGCAAAAGAUGCUUGGUCAUACUGAAAGCGAGGCUACUCGCUACCGACAAGCUGCUGAGGACGCAGAGGCGGAUCUUCGUCAAUUGCGGGAAGAAAAAAUUCCUCAUUUCGAGAAGAUCCAAAAUCGUUCCGAGACCCUUGAAAAGCAACGAGAGUCCUGGGAGCUCACACUCUCGGAGCUUUCUGCGAAGAAUAUUGCACUCGAGGGUACACUUGAUGAAUAUCGGGUUUCGCAUGAUCACUGGAAAAAGCAAGUCGCUGCGACAGAAGAGGAGAACAAGGAGCUACGGACAAAGACCGCACACCUCACUGCUCGUAUUGAAGACAGCAUGCGCGCUCGUCAGAGUCUGCGUGGCAAGUUCGACCGUCUUCAGGAUGACAUGGUCACUGUAACCCAGGAUAUCGCUAGCGAACAAGCCAGGGCGCGCAAGAUAGAGGAAGAUCUUACAUCUAAACAUGAUGCCCUCCGUGUUGCAUAUGAUAGAGAAGUUAAACUUCGUGAGAAGCUCGAGAUUGACAUCGAAGAGCUUGAAAAGUCCGAACGUGAAGCGUCGAAGUUGAAAUUCAUAUUCGGUCAAUCUCAGCAAGAAAACCACAGGCUCGAGGAGCUUGUCGCAACCCUACGUCAAGAAAACCAUGAAUACCAGAGUCAGGCGGCUCGUUUUGAACGUGAAUUUAACGAGGCACGCGAGAGCAGCCGUGUGGAGAUCCAGCGCGCCCGGACUUCGAUGGAAUCCGAUCUGGAAUCUGCAAACAAUCAGGUCAACUAUGUUCGCGCGCAACUUGAAGCUGAAAUUGCUCGUUUGGAAAGUCUAGUUGAGAACGUCCGUCUAGAUGCGGAUACCACAAAGGAGCGCUACGAACUGCUCUUAGAAGAAGCACGCGAAAACAAGGCUUCUGCUAUGGCUGAACUGGCUUCUUCGAAGGACAUGACCAUUGAGGAACAACGCAAGACACAUGACCGUGUUCUUAACGACCUCCGCGAACGCCACGCUCGAGCUUUGCAUAACGCCUCCGAAGACCGACAGCGUAUUGAGGCUCACGCGAACGAAAGGUUCACUCUUGCCAACGAAAAGGUACUCCACCUGCAAGACCGGGUAGCACACCUGGAAGAGAAGCUAGAGAUUGCCAAGUCGGCUGCCCGUGCAGCUGCUCAAGCCGCUCAGGCCAAGGGAGUUUCUGUUUCACCUUCCCCUAUACCGCACUCUUCUUCGCCAUCCCUAUCUUACAGCAAAGACUCUUCUGUACCAGAGAGAAUCUCUCCUCAGGCCCUUCGCGAGUCUAUUCUUGUACUUCAGGAUCAAUUACAACAGCGUGAGACCCGUAUCGAAGCUUUGGAACAAGAGCUGUCUGAAGUCGACAAGGAGGCGCCGAACAAGAUCAAGGACAAGGAUACUGAGAUUAACUGGCUGAGAGAAUUGCUCGGUGUUCGAGUAGAUGAUCUCCAGGAUAUCAUCAGAACACUUUCGCAACCUUCAUUCGAUCAAAACGCUGUCCGUGACGCAGCCAUUCGCCUUCGAGCCAAUCUCCAAAUGCAACUGCAGGAGAAGGAACGGGCGAUGACUGGUGGACAGGCCUUCCCAUCACUCGCUGAUAUUGCGGCCUCUCCACGUUCUUUACCUCUUGCAGCAGCGGCGGCUUGGGGGAGUUGGCGUAAGGGCAGAGAGUCCUUCACUUCGGAAGCUGGUACCUCGCAAACGCCUUCAAAAUCAAACAAUAACGGCGGCUUUCUAUCCGGCCUUCUAACUCCUCCAAAUUCAAAUGUACGCUAUACACCAAAAAAUUUGACUGCGCCACCUGGAGUUGGAAAGAUGGGCCCACGCCGAGCAGCGUCGGAAAGUCGUCCAUUGCGUGGAUACAAUCAAACGCCCCCCUCUCUCUCUGCUCGACAGACAGAAAAACUGCCUGUUGUCAACCAGGAUGCAUAUGAACCGCCGACCACCCCACCACUGCUUCGGAGAUCUAGCUAUGACCACGAUGCAGAGCCAAACAGCUACGACUCUAGCGCCUUGAUGGAUGACGGCGACAGUAUCAUGGCCCCUGAAUCCCCCAAGGGUUCAACAGAGGAAGCUGCCAUCUUCUCGCCACAAGAGUAA